UCGUGUCAGUUCCUGAACCGAAAAACAACUACAACAGGUAAGUUCACCACUCUACUCUGUCCUGCUUCUAAUUUUAAAAAGAUGUCUGUGUCCAACAAUGUUAACAUUUGCACUCACUUUGACAACAUUUGUGCUUUAUUUCUUCUUGUAAAAUCUGAUGAGUUUUCCUCAGCAGUGAAAACUAGUCCUAAAUCCAGUUGUGUGACUAAAUGAAAAUCAUCAGAAAGAUUAUCUGAUUAUGAUCCUUUCUAACAUUCACUUGACUGAAUUUCUGAAUUUGCACAUGCUCUGUAUGCAUUAUGUGAUAAAUGUUGGCUUCUCUCGGUUAGCUGUUUAUUAUAUUUAUUUUAAAGACCGAUGUUCUAAUGUUGGCCUUACACAGAACUGAGGUGAACCUGGUGGCAUUGUGAAAAUGAUGUCAGUGGAAAGAUAUUUACUUUAUGUUGUUCUGAAAAUGUGAGAAGCUAGAAGCGAAGCUCAAGUUUUUUACAGACAUGUUGUCUAAUUCUGAAUGAUACUGUAUAUCCCAGGUGAAGAAAAACCACCAACAUUUUUAAAAAAUGUCAUAUAUUCUCUAAAGAUUAAUGUGAGCGUGGGAAAGUUAUGCUUGUCUCAAGUAAUGAAUGUGAUCAGUACUGUUUCAGUUAAUUAUUUACUCUAACUCAUAUUACUGGUACAGUGUGUCAUGCUGGUGGAAUGCGGAACGUUUGCUAUACCUAUUCACAAAUGCUAAGGAGAUGAUGCCCCCUUAUGGCAAAAACACAGUAUGACCAUCCAGACUCACAUUGCUGCCUGGUGUGCUGAGAAGUGAGGAAAAGACAUUCCAUUGUCAGCUCCCCGUUGAUCUUCAGAGCUGAAGUGCUGCAUUUGAUCUUUUUUUUUGUUUAGUUUGACUGUAUAGUGAUGUAAUAAUGACAUGCUUCUGCUUGUUUUCCAGAAAAUAUGAGUUUCUGGCCUGGGCAACCCCAGAAUGGUCAGUCCUCUGGACUAUGGCCAGGCCAGCCCCAGCAACCCCCAGGACCGGCAUGGCCAGGCCAGCCCCAGCAACCCCCAGGACCGGCAUGGCCAGGUCAGCCCCAGCAACCCCCAGGACCGGCAUGGCCAGGCCAGCCCCAGCCACCCCCAGGACCGGCAUGGCCAGACCAACAGCCGCAGAGCCCUGGAUUGCCAUGGAGCCCUCCCUCUGCAUCUCAGCAAAUCCCACUGACUGUCCCAUAUGACAUGAAUCUGCCAAACGGCGUCUACAACAAAAUGCUGAUUACCAUCAUGGGCCUGGUCAAGCCAAACGCUGAUAAGUUCACAAUUGACCUGUCGGCAGGCAAUGACAUCGCCUUUCACUUGAACAUCUGCUUCAAUGAAUCUGGGAAGAAGAUGAUUGUGCGGAACUCACUGCUGAAAGGCAGCUGGGGUAGACAGGAAAAAGAGCUCAGCAACUUCCCCUUUGUCGCCGGGCAGGCCUUUAAGCUGAAGAUCCUCUGCACUCCCACUGAGUACAGGGUAGCAGUGAACCAACAUCACUUGCUGGAAUUCAAGCACCGAUUCUCGAACCUCAGACAGAUCAAACACCUGGGCAUCUACAAGGACGUCACCCUCACAUCUGUCAAUGUGGAGAGUCUCCCAUGAGCCACUCAUUCCAGACUCACCCAAAUUGAGCCUCUGAACCCAGAAUCCAGAUCCAGAACUGAUCCAAAAUCCUACCCCCCCCCCCAUCUCCUGCCCCACAGUUUCCAUCGUUCUAUCUUUCCCCCUACCUCCCAUUCCAUGUUUCAUCCUUAUCCCCCAACCUCCCACCCUACAAAUCCCAGCAUAUUCCAAUAUUAUGUGUAGAUUUAGAAAAAUGUAAUAAAUGGAAUUAAUAAAGGAUUACAGAACUAA